UAUCACUUCCGAGUUCCAACCCCAGCUGCAAACUCCUCACACACGCGCGCUCGGGUAGAGGUUGGGAGAGAGAGAGAGACGAAGGGGAGAGAGAUCGAGGUCAGGGAGAUCGAUGAUGGAGAGGGCCGAGGACUUAGGGCUCAGCCUCAGUCUCAGCUCGUCGCUUGCUCCUCGCACCCACCAUGUCGCCAUGCUGCUCCACGCUCCAGAGAGGAGAUUCCUGGAGAUGCCACUGCUUCCUGCGAAGCGGGUCUGCGAGGUCUCUGCGGACGAGGAGCGCUCCGGCCAGCGUGGCGGCAGCGACGACGAGGACGGCGGCUGCGGCAUGGAUGGCUCCCGCAAGAAGCUCCGGUUGUCCAAGGACCAGUCCGCCGUGCUCGAGGACAGCUUCCGGGAGCACCCCACUCUGAACCCGAGGCAGAAGGCAGCCUUGGCGCAGCAGCUGGGCCUGCGGUCGCGGCAGGUGGAGGUGUGGUUCCAGAACAGACGCGCAAGGACGAAGCUGAAGCAGACGGAGGUGGACUGCGAGUUCCUGAAGCGAUGCUGCGAGACGCUGACGGAGGAGAACCGGCGGCUGCAGAAGGAGGUGCAGGAGCUCCGCGCGCUCAAGCUCGUCUCCCCGCACCACUACAUGCACAUGUCCCCGCCCACCACCCUCACCAUGUGCCCCUCCUGCGAGCGCGUCUCCAACAACAACAACAACAACAACAACAACUCCACCACCGCCGACCGCCGCAACGGUGUCGAGGGCGCCAUCUGCCACCGACCCAUCGCCGUCCGGCCGCAGCAGUCAUGAAUCAUGAUCGACCGCUCGACAACCUAGUAGCCACUAGUCAGUCUACUUACUAGACAGUAGGCAGUACACCGUAUCAAAACCAGCAGUUUCGCACAUUUAUUCGCGCAAAACUGUUGCCCUCGCUCGAUCGUUCUGAAUUUUUUCUUUGUCAGGAAGGAACACGAGUAUUAAUGCGUCACAAGUGCAGUAGAAGAGCAUGCAGUAGCUUAGGGAAUAUUUAGCGCUGGUCCUAGAGAAAGCUGGAUAUGGUGGGAUACGGGUGUAGGGAAGGUGGGGUGCAAGGGGAUGGCACGGCGGUUUAUCCUGUCGCUUGGCUGAUGAUGACGGCGAUGAUGAGAGGUCAGUUCAGUUCGUUUCCUGGGCAGCCGUGUCCCUCAAGCUUAAUUCCAGCGAUUGAUUAACGCGUGUGUGUGCUUCCGGCCGGUCUACUUAGCUUAAUUUAGGCGAUUAGUGUCUCCAGAAAGCAUGCGUAUAUCUUUUAAUCUAUACAAAGUGUUGUCCCAUA